AGAAUUCCAUUUACUCUUACGUGUUACACAGAAGUCGCAAAGGUUAUAUCGUUUAAUCGUUUCAUUCCUCAGAGAAGGAGGUAGGUCAUAGGUGCGUUACAGCUUACAACUCCGGCCCCCGGCGACGCACAACCUCCCUAACUGGAGUGGCGAACGGCUACUGAAUCAUCACAUCGAUACACACUUAUAUAUACAUACAUAAGUCGAUAUACGCUGCGUAUAAUUAUGUCUUCGAAUCGAUUCAGCAGCCAGAACAGGUACCAAGGGGGCGGCAGCAGCAGCAGCAGACCCCAACAGAAGUUUGUGCCGAAGAAAGAUGUCCAAACCAAUCAAACUCUAUCUAAUUCUCUCAGGCAACAACAAUCUAAGAAGUCCGGUGGCGCCGCCGGUGGUAGCGGCAGCGGAGGAGGAUCAGCGAGCAGGCUUAGGAUGUCGGAGAAUGGGGACUGGGUUUCCAGUGGUGUCCACAGUGGCAAUUUUGUCAAUUACUUGCCUCAGGAUGAGGCGGUUGCGGCUGGGCUUGGAGCUGACGAGGGCGGAUUGGAUCCUGUGGAAUCGCAGCGAGUGGUGGAUCUUUUGAACAGAGAGUUGUCUCGGUUACUUAAACUCAACCCUAGAGAUUUCUGGCGAGAAGUGGCCAGCGACACUUCCCUUCACUCUUUCCUUGAAAGCUUUCUUAAGUUUCGGAGUAGAUGGUAUGAUUUCCCAUACCGAGGAGCAAAGGGCAUAGUUGCUGGAGUCAUUGUUGGUGAGUUUGAGCUAUCCCGGCGUGUCUUCAUGGCCUUAUAUCGCGUAUCUUCUAAUCGGGAUCCUGGAGUCAAGGCUGCUGAUAGUCUCAGUCAGAAAGAUUAUUCGGCCCUUUUGCAGGAGAAGAAGUUACUUAACUUGCCGAAGUUGUUAGAAAUAUCUGCUAUAUAUGGUCAUGAAAAUGAAGAUUUGACAAGAAUAUUGGUCGUGAAUGCAGUAAAAGCACAACCAUGGAUCCACGAUGAUCUUACUGCAGUCAUUUCUCAUUUUUUGAGCAUUGUUCAGACUAUGUAUCAACGGUGUUCCUCAUCUUUAGAGGUUUUAUUUUCAUCAGUUGGCUGUCAAGACCUUGGGCCCACUCGGCUUCUUGCAGACUAUUUAGAGGUAAUGGAUUUCAUAAAUGAUGCUGUUGUUUCCUUGGAUGCAUUUGUUAAUGCCUACAAACAGUCUGCUGUUUACUUCUCUAGCCCUGUUGAAAUGAGUUAUGGGAAUGAGGAGAUGCUUACUACCCUUGCAAGAUUACAUGAUUCCCUGUUACCAUCCUUGCACCGAGGUUUCAAUAUAAUUUUUGCAUCUAAAGACAAUGGGUCCUCAAAUAUAUCCAGUAGUAUGCAUUCAAAUGUUUAUCUUAGUCUGAAAAUGUUAGCGACAAGGAUAGUAAAUUUUGGUGGGAAACUACUGUACUUUUGCUAUCUAAGUGAUGAGGUUUUCGAUGGAAGUUUCCCUAUUCCAGUUGGCAUGAAAAUGUUUCCUGCAAAGGUGGAAGAUCCAGUCAUAAGAACAGAUAUACUUGUACAGCUCAUCAGGGAUGUCAAUGGUGUUUCUUUUUCUUCUCCCGAAGGGCAUACUAAAGGGACGUUUCUACAAAACAUUGAAGAGAAUCACAAAAUAAUGAGCCGGAUUGAACUAUUGAGAAAUGCAGGGUGGUUUACUGUGGAUGAUGAUCAACUUCGGUUUCUCUCUGGGAUCAUGGUCAACCCGCUGAAAGCCAAUAUUACUACAUCUAGCAUGCCAUCUGCUGGGACAACCGGUAAACUGCAGGAUGACGAAGACACAGCAAUCAUUGAAUCAAAAAUCAGUCAAAUAAAAGAUCUAUUUCCGGAGUAUGGGAAAGGUUACUUAGUUGCCUGUCUUGAAGUUUAUAACCAGGAUCCUGAAGAGGUUAUACAGAGGAUUCUAGAGGGUACCCUUCACAAAGACCUACAGUCUCUGGACAUUGCCUUAGAGGAAACCCCAAAACCCAAGUCCGUUCCCUCAUUGACACCUAAUGACAAGGGUAAAGGGAAAUUAUUGGAAUCUGAACCAGUCCCCCAAAAAAGUAUUCACCAUGCAGCAGUGAGACAUCAGGCUGUCGGUUCUUCUAAUUCUUCCACAUCUGUGGUUGGGAGGUUCGUCAGGAAAACAGACACUGACCAACCUGAUUCAUUGAUUCUCAAUUCUAGAAGCGAAAAGGAUAUGGCAAGGACAGCUGCACUCGUGUCACAGCUUGAGUAUGAAGAUGAGUAUGAUGACUCAUUUGAUGAUUUAGGUAUGAGUAUUGGCGACUCCGCAUUUGAGGAAACGGAAACACAGGAUGACAAAUUAAAUUCUAGCAGGGGAAAGUCUUUGGAAGCUGAUGAUCGAAGUUAUGGUGCUAAUCCUUCCAAUGCAACAAAAUGGGGUUCACGUAAAAAGCCACAAUUCUAUGUUAAGGAUGGCAAAAACUACAGCUACAAAGUUGAAGGUUCUGUUGCAGUGGCUAAUUAUAACGAAGCUUCCUUAGUUAAUCAAUCGCAGAGAGAACUUAUACAUGGACUUGGACGGGGUGGUAAUCUUCCAUUAGGUGCUGUCAAAAAGAUGGCCGAAUCUGCUACAGAUCGGGGUGAUGAAUUAAGUGAGGAUGGCAGCAGAGGGGGUCGUGGGAACUUCAGAGGGAGAGGGCGGCGGGGGGGACAAGGGUUUGGUCGUGGCUAUGUUUCUUCCAAUCCAGACCAAGAUGAUGAGACUGAAACAAAUGAGAGCGGUCCAGGAGGGCGAGGGAACUUCAGAGGGAGAGGACAGCGGGGGGGACAUGGGUUUGGUCGUGGCUAUGUUUCUUCAAGUGCCGCUCAAAAGCCAACCCAGUCUAGUGCAGAGCAAGACGACGAGACUGAAACAAACGAGGAGAGCGGUCCAGGAGGGCGAGGGAACUCCAGAGGCAGAGGGCAUAGGGGAGGAGGACGAAAUCACAACAGAAGAGACCGCGCCAUGAGAAAACACAUGUCGGGAGUGACUGGCCAUUGGUGAGGACAAAAUUUUUCACCAAACAACAUAUAGGAAUAUGCACAAAAGAGGUAUCCAUGAAUAGCAGGUUCGGCAUGGUGAAAGGGUUGGAUCUAUUCUAUAUUUGCAUUGCUGCUGUAAAGUGGUUCUCAAUGUUGUUAGAUAACAGUUAAAGUCAGGUACUGCAAUUUAAUGUUUUUGAGACGUGGAUACCUCCGACCGUUUCACUUUUUGGCUUGAGAAGAAAAGAAGAAAGCUUUUUAUUUUCAUUUCAUUUUCUCAA